AUGGCUGUCAUGGAUCCCUUCACCGUCGACCUACUUUCGGGUCCUUCUCUGCCCGGCGCCUUCUCAUGCGCCGCCGGCGAUCACGUGGAGUUUGACGACGCCUACCUCCGGGCGAUUGGCGCACUCCCUCCGCUUCCGUCUGUCCACUUCGCUCCCAACCACGCCGUCGCACUCGAAGAUUUCGUGGAGCUCUAUGCCUCCGCACUCGACGAUCAUCUUUUCCACCCGCCUUUCGAGGUGCCUGGGCCGUCCCUGCUUCCGGACCGCGUCGUCCCGGACUCCAAGAACUCCGCGAGACGCCCGCAUCUGUCUGACCACGAAUUCGCUCCCACCCCCGUCGAUCACGCCGCCGCACUCGAAUGUUCGGUGGAGCUCCCGGCGACGUGCGAGCUGUACGCCGCCGCACUCGACGCCCAUCUUUUGCACCCAUCCUUCGAGCUGCCCGCACCAUCCCUGCUUCCGGACCGCGUCUUCCCGGACUCCAAGAACUCGGCCACGCGUCCGUGGCUCUCCGACUACGACAUCGACAUAGACAUUGACUUCAACCUCCGGGAGAUGGAGAAGAACGUCGAGGGUCGGCCUUUGCCGGACUACCUGAAGACGGUGCAGGGAGAUCGGAUGAGCCCAUCGAUGCGUGCCACCCUCGUCUUCUGGAUGGAUGACUUCACCCGGUACUACAACCUGGCCCCUGGCACGCUUCACCGUGCCGUCUCAUACGUCGACCGCGUCCUGUCGACGCGAACCUUGUCUGCGGCUCGCAUACACAUGGAGUAUGAGCUCCGUCUCCUCAGCGCCACGGCCGUCUUCACCGCAGCCAAAUACGAGGAGCAGCGUACCAGAUUCAAGGUGAACGCCGCGAAAAUUGCCGACGACUGUGGGUUCGCCACGAGCAAGGAGGUGACCGACAUGGAGUGCCAGAUGUUGGCAGCGCUCCGGUACGAGCUCAGCGGACCAACGGCCUACACUUUCGUGGACCACUUCACCAGGUACGGUAAUGGAGAGCGCGACCUGGAGGUUCAGAAGUUGGCGCAUCAGCUCGCCGAAACAUCGCUGGUCGAUUACAGAUGCCUGCAGCUCAUGCCGUCCGCCGUCGCUGCGUCGGCAGUCUUUCUCGCUAGGCUGAUCCUGAACCCAACGGCCAGCCAGGUGCACAAGUGGAACAGGGAAUUCACGGCGCUGACAGGGUACACGCCCACGGAUCUCAUCCUUGGCAUUGACUCCUUGUACAUGAUGAAUCCUGAUCCUCGCUUCGUUGUCUUGCCACAGUUCUUGUUAGAAUGA